AUGGAUUUCAAUUGCAGAGUGAAAUGUGCUUGUGUGAUAAAUCUGAGUACAUUAAGCAAACACGGAAUCUUAUCAUUGGUGGCUGAAAACCCAGUGUUCAUAAAUGACUUGCAACAAGAAGCUCAAUUGCUAUUCCAACAAAUCUAAAAUUAAUAGGAUUCCUCAUAGGUUCCUUCCUUACCCGUCUAAAAGAUCUACUCAUAAUCAGGAGCUUGGUAUUGCUCAUUAAAGAACAAUAUAGUAAUUGCACUAUUAGUUACAUCCUCUUAUCCAAUGCCAAGUGCUAUGCGAUUAUUAAAACAAAUUGAAGAAUUAUUAAAGAGAUAAAUCUAAAGUGGCAAGUAUGAAUUCCAACCCCUAGAACCCAAUGUCAGAAAUUUAUUAACACAAUAUGACAGAGAUCCUUUUGCUGAUGAUAAAAUUGAAAUAACUUGUAAGUCUGUUGAUUCUAUCCAAGGAUUAAUGGAGGAAAACUUAAGGAAGUUCUAGAUGAAUUAGGAAAAACUUCACGUUAUUCAUCACAAGAGUGAAGACAUAUCUUAAAUGGCAAAUCAAUUUCAAAAAGGAGCAACAGCCGUAAACAACAAAUAAAAUUGGGCUGCUUAUGUUGCAAUUGGGAUAUUUGGAGCUCUUGUAAUCGGAGUCAUAAUUUACCUCUUCUUAUGA